AUGUCAUUUCAGGAAAUACCAAUUCUUGACUUGCGUCAAGCUUUCAACCCUGAAACGAAAGCUGAAUUUCUUCACCAAUUAAGAAAUGCCAUGAUCAAUGUUGGGUUUCUACUCUUGAAUCAUUAUGAAGAGGUCGGCCCCACAGAAGCUGAUCUAGCCGCGAUUAAACUACAAGCUGAAGAGUUUUUUGCAUUACCAAAUGAGGUAAAGUUGGGUUGCGAAAUGAAAAACUCAAGACAUUUUCUAGGGUAUACACGUUUGGCAAACGAAAUUACUGCAUCGCACACUGACUGGAGAGAGCAAAUUGACCUCGCCACUGAGCUUCCACCUCCCUCAGAAGAUGAGCCAAUUUACAGAAAUAUUGAAGGUCCGAACCUUUGGCCCGAUUCAAGCAAGAUUCCAAACUUUAGGCCCACAGUGGAGGAAUACAUCUCCAAGAUGACCAGGUUGAGUACAGUUGUGAGGAAGCUAGUCUCAGAAUCCAUUGGUUUGGAUAGUUCAGCUUUUGAUGGAUAUUUCAAGGAAAACCAGCAGUGCAAAAUGAAGCUUAUUUCUUACCCCGACAAAUCUGCAUUGGCAAGCUCCAAAUCGGUUGCUUUGGAUGAUACACCUUCCACAGGACAGGGAGUUGGCCCCCACAGAGACUCUGACCUCCUCACCUAUAUCUUCCAAGCCACUGACCACAAGGACUCGCUACAAGUUCAAAACUUUCAGGGCAAGUGGAUCACAGUGCCAAACAUUCCUAAUCACCUAGUGGUCAAUAACGGACAAACAUUGGAGGCCAUUACCCAGGGCGUUUGCAAAGCAACCAUACACCGGGUAUUGAUUCCGGAGCCAGGAAGCAGCACUAGAAUAUCAAUCCCGUUUUUCCAGACAAUCGAUUUGGACUGCUAUAAAACGGCCGUUCAGAAUAUCCCCAAAGACGUUCUAAAGUUGAAAGAAGAAAGGGAUCAGAAGAUCGAGGACUGGGCAGUUGACGUAGGCUUUCAGUUCCAACCGGAUGUGGAGAAAGAGCCAGUUGGCUAUGCUGUGUUUAGGAAUAGAAUCAAAUCGCAUCAGGAUGUUGCAAAGAAAUGGUACCCUAAUAUUUUGAAGCAGGUGUUGCAAGAAUACUCUUACUAA